GACCCUGGAGUCCUUCAGGCCCCGGAGGAUUGCUAGAACAGACCACAAGUUCAAGAAAAACUCACUUGGCAUUGUAUUUCUUUCCACAGCUGAACUCUGUCCGAGAGGCCCAGUUAGAGCUGCUGGAGGCAGCAAGACCCCGCGGGCCGGGGAGCAGGGAGCGGGGCCCAGUACUGAGGAUGGCCAGGCAGCAGCAGCCGCCGCCCUGGGUCCACGCAGCCUUCCUGCUCUGCCUCCUCAGCCUCAGCGGGGCCAUCGAGAUUCCUAUGGAUCCAAGCAUUCAGAAUGAGCUGUCCCAGCCCCCGACCAUCACCAAGCAGUCAGUGAAGGACCACAUCGUGGAUCCCCGUGAUAACAUCUUGAUUGAGUGUGAAGCAAAGGGGAACCCGGCCCCCAGCUUCCACUGGACUCGCAACAGCAGGUUCUUCAACAUCGCCAAGGACCCCCGUGUGUCAAUGAGGAGGAGAUCCGGGACCCUGGUGAUCGACUUCCGCAGUGGGGGGCGGCCCGAGGAAUAUGAGGGGGAAUACCAGUGCUUUGCCCGGAACAAAUUUGGCACGGCCCUGUCCAAUAGGAUCCGCCUGCAGGUGUCCAAAUCUCCCCUGUGGCCCAAGGAAAACCUAGACCCUGUCGUGGUUCAAGAAGGUGCUCCCUUGACCCUCCAGUGCAACCCCCCACCCGGACUUCCGUCCCCAGUCAUCUUCUGGAUGAGCAGCUCCAUGGAGCCCAUCACCCAAGACAAGCGCGUCUCCCAGGGCCACAACGGAGACCUGUAUUUCUCUAACGUGAUGUUGCAGGAUAUGCAGACAGACUACAGCUGCAAUGCCCGCUUCCACUUUACCCACACCAUCCAGCAGAAGAACGCGUUCACCCUCAAGGUCCUCACCACCCGAGGAGUUGCAGAAAGGACCCCCAGCUUCAUGUACCCCCAGGGCACGGCGAGCAGUCAGAUGGUACUGCGUGGCAUGGACCUCGUGCUGGAGUGCAUCGCCUCCGGGGUCCCGACACCAGAUAUCGCGUGGUACAAGAAAGGUGGGGACCUCCCAUCAGACAAGGCCAAGUUUGAGAACUUUAACAAGGCUCUGCGCAUCACCAACGUCUCUGAGGAGGACUCUGGAGAGUAUUUCUGCCUGGCCUCCAACAAGAUGGGCAGCAUCCGGCACACGAUCUCGGUGAGAGUAAAGGCUGCUCCCUACUGGCUGGACGAACCCAAGAACCUUAUCCUGGCUCCUGGCGAGGACGGGAGACUGGUGUGUCGAGCCAAUGGGAACCCCAAGCCCACCGUCCAGUGGAUGGUAAACGGGGAACCUUUGCAAUCGGCACCACCCAACCCAAACCGCGAGGUGGCUGGGGACACCAUCAUCUUCCGGGACACCCAGAUCAGCAGCAGGGCUGUGUACCAGUGCAACACGUCCAACGAGCACGGCUACCUGCUGGCCAACGCCUUCGUCAGUGUGCUGGACGUGCCCCCUCGGAUGCUGUCACCCCGGAACCAGCUCAUUAGGGUGAUCCUGUACAACCGGACGCGGCUGGACUGCCCGUUCUUUGGGUCUCCCAUCCCCACACUCCGAUGGUUUAAGAACGGGCAAGGCAGCAACCUGGAUGGUGGCAACUACCAUGUCUAUGAGAACGGCAGCCUGGAAAUCAAGAUGAUCCGCAAAGAGGACCAAGGCAUCUACACCUGCGUCGCCACCAACAUCCUGGGCAAAGCUGAAAACCAGGUCCGCCUGGAGGUCAAAGACCCCACCAGGAUCUACCGGAUGCCCGAGGACCAGGUCGCCAAAAGGGGCACCACGGUGCAGCUGGAGUGUCGGGUGAAGCACGACCCCUCCCUGAAGCUCACGGUCUCCUGGCUGAAGGAUGACGAGCCCCUUUACAUCGGAAACAGGAUGAAGAAGGAGGACGACUCCCUGACCAUCUUUGGUGUGGCUGAGCGAGACCAGGGGAGUUACACGUGCGUUGCCAGCACUGAGCUGGACCAAGACUUGGCCAAGGCCUACCUUACUGUGCUAGCUGAUCAGGCCACUCCAACUAACCGUUUGGCUGCCCUGCCCAAAGGACGGCCGGACCGACCCCGGGACCUGGAGCUCACCGACCUGGCCGAGAGGAGCGUGAGGCUGACGUGGAUCCCAGGGGACGAUAACAACAGCCCCAUCACAGACUACGUCGUCCAGUUCGAAGAGGACCAGUUCCAGCCGGGGGUCUGGCAUGACCAUUCCAAGUUCCCGGGCAGCGUCAACUCCGCCGUCCUCCAGCUGUCCCCAUACGUCAACUACCAGUUCCGGGUCAUUGCCAUCAACGAGGUGGGCAGCAGCCACCCCAGCCUCCCCUCCGAGCGCUACCGAACCAGCGGGGCGCCCCCUGAGUCCAAUCCCGCCGACGUGAAGGGAGAAGGGACCAGAAAGAACAACAUGGAGAUCACGUGGACGCCCAUGAAUGCCACCUCUGCCUUUGGCCCCAAUCUGCGCUACAUCGUCAAGUGGCGGCGGAGAGAAACCCGAGAGACGUGGAACAACGUCACAGUGUGGGGCUCCCGCUACGUGGUGGGGCAGACGCCUGUCUACGUACCCUAUGAGAUCCGGGUCCAGGCUGAAAAUGACUUUGGGAAGGGCCCUGAGCCAGACACUGUCAUCGGCUACUCCGGGGAAGAUUAUCCCAGGGCUGCGCCCACUGACGUUAAAAUCCGAGUCCUGAACAGCACAGCCAUCAGCCUUCAGUGGAACCGCGUCUAUCCCGACACGGUGCAGGGCCAACUCAGAGAGUACCGAGCCUACUACUGGAGGGAGAGCAGCUUGUUGAAGAACCUGUGGGUGUCUCAGAAGAGGCAGCAAGCCAGCUUCCCCGGUGACCGCCCCCGUGGCGUGGUGUCCCGCCUCUUCCCCUACAGUAACUACAAGCUGGAGAUGGUUGUGGUCAAUGGGAGAGGCGAUGGGCCUCGCAGUGAAACCAAGGAAUUCACCACCCCGGAAGGAGUACCCAGUGCCCCCAGGCGUUUCCGAGUCCGGCAGCCCAACCUGGAGACAAUCAACCUGGAAUGGGAUCAUCCAGAACACCCCAAUGGGAUCCUGAUCGGAUAUACUCUCAAAUACGUGGCCUUUAAUGGAACCAAAUUAGGAAAGCAGAUAGUGGAAAACUUCUCUCCCAAUCAGACCAAGUUCACGAUGCAAAGAGCAGACCCCGUGUCGCGCUACCGCUUUACCCUCAGUGCCAGGACGCAGGUGGGCUCUGGGGAAGCAGCCACAGAGGAGUCACCAGCACCCCCGAACGAAGCUACUCCAACCGCAGCUCCUCCCACGUUGCCCCCGACUCCGGUGGGUGCGACGGGCGCUGUGAGCAGUACUGACGCUACUGCCACCGCUGCCACCACCGAAGCCACCACAGUCCCCACCAUCCCAGGUGUCGCACCUACCACCAUCGCCACCACCACCACCACCACCACCGCCGCCACAACUACAACCACUGCCGCCGCCGCCGCCACCACGGAGAGGCCUCCCGCCACCACCUCCGGGACUAAGAUGCCCGAAUCCGCCCCCGACAGGCAGUCCAUAUGGAACGUCACGGUCCUCCCCAACAGUAAAUGGGCCAACAUCACCUGGAAGCACAAUUUCGGGCCCGGAACUGACUUUGUGGUUGAGUACAUCGACAGCAACCAUACGAAAAAAACUGUCCCUGUUAAGGCCCAGACCCAGCCUAUACAGCUGACAGACCUCUAUCCCGGGAUGACAUACACGUUGCGCGUUUAUUCCCGGGACAACGAGGGCAUCAGCAGUACCGUCAUCACCUUUAUGACCAGUACAGCUUACACCAACAACCAGGCGGACAUCGCCACCCAGGGCUGGUUCAUCGGGCUCAUGUGCGCCAUCGCCCUCCUGGUACUGAUCCUGCUCAUUGUCUGUUUCAUCAAGAGGAGUCGAGGUGGCAAGUACCCAGUGCGAGAAAAGAAGGAUGUUCCCCUUGGCCCUGAAGACCCCAAGGAAGAGGAUGGCUCCUUUGACUACAGUGACGAGGACAACAAGCCCCUGCAGGGCAGCCAGACGUCCCUGGACGGCACCAUCAAGCAACAGGAGAGUGACGACAGCCUGGUGGACUAUGGCGAGGGUGGCGAGGGGCAGUUCAACGAGGACGGCUCCUUCAUCGGCCAGUACACGGUCAAAAAGGACAAGGAGGAGACAGAGGGCAACGAAAGUUCGGAGGCCACGUCACCUGUCAACGCCAUCUAUUCUCUGGCCUGAUGGAGCCCCUCCGCCCAGGGCACAGCCACUACUUUGCAAGUGGGAGGAGGGGAAAGGGGGAGAUGAAGCCACUACAGACCUACCACACAGCCACCACCACCUUCAGGGACAAGGGUACCACGUGGGGGUCUGCCAAGCUGUGAGGACCAGUGACCACCCAGCCAACCACAAGCCCCCUCCCGCUGACCCCCCCUGCACCCCCGAGGUGCCACCAUGUGGGAGAGCUAGAGUCCUGGCUAAGCUCAGCUGGAGGGACCCCAGUCCUUUGCUCAGCUUCACAGCCACCUUGAGCCUCCCACCCCCGCUGCCCGCCCUCGACCUUGGCACACACACUCACCAGUUUCUGUUGGUUACGGCCCUUUGCGUUGUCUUUGUUUUUGCUUUGUGCAUCUCCCCACCCUCCGCCCAGACCCAGCAUCUCCAUUUUCUUUUCCUGGUGAACAAAUGUCCCUGGAUGAGGAAAGAAUGAGUGGAUUCUCCCCCAGAGAGGCAGAAGGAUCGAUCUGUAAAAGAACAGACAGAAAAGCUGUAGUAUUCAAACCACCACUGGGCCAAUGUAUUUCCGAAGGAUGCCUUUCUCGCCAUAUGCCUCCCCUUGCCCCCAACCCGUUCGCCUUGGCCUUGUCAGUUGCUGAGCUGGGCUUGGCUCCUUUCUGGAAAAUGACAGUAUUUUUGGCAGGGAGAGAGUGGGCAGGCCGCCUCGCCUCGCUCUGGGUCACUCGGGAGGUGGGCUUACCUCUUGCUCCUUGCUCUCACCCUGCCCCUUCCUCCAGAGCGUCCAAGACAAGAACCGCACUGACUCUGAAGAAGGAGUUUGAGGAACAGGAGUGGGCGCUGAUGGGAAAGACUUCAACUCCAGUGACCGUGUACCUCAAGCAGAAGAAAAUCGGGCGUCCGGUCCCUGGGGAGCUGGGCUCACCUCCAGAGAGAAGAAAAGGACUGGGUUUCGACCUCCUUCUUCCCCAUCAGUGAAACCCAGGAUGUGGGAGAGGGGACCUGGCCCGCUGCGUGGAGGGCAGAGGGCGCCCCUCCCCCGACCUGGUCGGGGAUCUCCACCGCUGUCCUCACAGAGAUGGGACCACGUGACGCAAAAGCUUUGCUGGUGUGUUUGGGGGUGACAGGUGGUGCUCCCCCUUUCGCCUCUAGCCGAUGGCAUCUCGCUCAAUUCUGUACGAUGCUGAAACCGGUGUUUUACACGGUGCGUGGAUGGGGCCCGGCUGCCCCUGAGACUGAACCAGUGUGUGUCCUUUCCUUGGGGUAUUUACAUAUCAGGAGAGCCCGCGGGAACACCACGCUGACAGUGUUGUAGAGCCUGGCCUGGGGACUCCGCGCCCUUCGUAUGCCUUAUGCAGCUCUGAUUCCGGCCCUGCAGUUCCCAGGUUCCCAGCCCCUCCCUGCAAGCCUUGAAGCCUCCAGCAACGUCUGUCUCAAGGAGACCGGGGCGGCCUAUGCGAGCGUCACAGCAGAACCAGAAGCAGCCGCUCGACACGUGCCCUGCCACCCGUGGCCCCAGAUGGAGACCCUCGCGGACCGCAGUUCUCAGAGACCGAAGGCUCUGCCUUCGUCCUCCCCACCUAAUCCGUUUUUGAAACCAAAGGUACCUAGCCUCAGAGAGAGAUCUUGAGCCUAAGAGCAGCCCGGCAGCUGUGGCUGCUGCUAGAGUCGGUUUCGGGAGGGUGAGGCUGACCCCUAGGAAUGGCCACACGCACAGCGUCAGAUUAGAGCCUCCAGCUGCUUGCCGGGGGUGGGGGGGGCAGCCUGGGCAGGAACAGGGCUGUGUCCUUCAGAGAACUUAUUAAACCAUCGUCUGCCACACGUUCAAGCCACAAAGGUAUUAGCACUGCUUGCAUCACUUAAUAAGCAGUCAGUGAGGGUCAAGCCCAUAGACACACACACUCUGUCCGCAGGUGAGAAAUCAUAGCCUAGAGCUGAGCCAAUUAUGCUAUUUGAACCCGAGGGCAAGUCACUGUCCUUUGGCCCAGGCCGUGGCCAGGCUUGCAGCCUAGGAGCCCGGGGGGCAGCCCUCUCGUGGUGAAAGGGGACAGGGUGAAUAACGGGGGGCUAGGAGUGAGCUCAGGGGCCCCCUCCCCUGGCUUUCCUCUGUCACCUGCCUGGAUACAGCGGGGCAUGCCUGCAGCGUCUGCCCAGAGUCCCUCAAGGGAACGUCAGGGAAGAGUGCCUGCGAACUGAAUUCAAAGACAAGCCUUUCCAGAAAACACUCUGGAUCUGAGCAGACUAGCCCGUUUCUCAGGCCCUCAUUCCAUGUUACCACACACACCAGUGAACUCACUGCACCGAAAGCAGGCCUGUAGGGCGGGAGGACCGUGCGAUGUCCCGUGACUGCCGCACAGCCGGUGACCGCAGAAGGGCUUGUGCUGCCACGGGGUCUUGGGGAGAGAGGAUUCCUUAGCUGUCCGCUCCUCGUUUGUGUCCCGCCAGCUCUGAGCCAUCCCCCUCCGCGUAGGAAGGCAGGGCCAGCAGCCGUGUUGAGAGGCUGUCGUGCUGGGGAUACUGAACGCUGCCCGAAUCACAGCCCUCCCGGCAGGCAAGAGCCAGCCUGAGCCCGGGGAACCCGUUCUCCCCAGGCAGAGAUACUGAGGCGUGUGGAUUGCAGGGUUAGGGAGCAGCCCUCGCGGGAAGAGGGAGCCCAGAGUGGAGCCCACCCAGCUCAGCAGGAAGGCAGUGUGGCCCAGCACUCCCUGCCAGCCGGGGCUCUCGAGCGACCACCUGCAAACGUACCAACCACGAGGCAGUGCUUCCACGGUGCUUCCGCCUGCCUGGCUGUUGGGGGUGGGGGGCGGGGGAAGUGUGGGUCAUCUUGCAGCCACUCUAGAAGUCCCACCGCCUGAGCUGCCGUCCCACCUGCAGUGCUCAGCCGCAGGAGCUGUGGCCUUCCUCGUGUGUCCAUUCGUGGGCUCCAGGUAGUCUCGAACAUCCAGUCUGAGCUGGGCUCCGAGACCUGGAGAGGGUACCAUGGUGAAUAGUCGGGGGCGGCGCCCGCCUCACAGGGCUGACAGUCCACAGUGGGCACUGAUCUGGAGCAUGACGAAUGCUUAAGCCACUAGCGGCUCCAGGCUCAAAGGGAGAAGCUUCAGAGAGAGCGCAUGGCCCUGGGGACCACGUAGACCUCAGGACCAGGAUGGUCAGAGACCACAGGGUGGGGUUCAGGACCAGUACCGCUUCCCGAGCCUCUUUGAGCUGCCCUUGGGGGCAAGUUGCUCGACUUGUCUGUAAUUUUGGUGCCGCCGUCUCCCAUAUUUAGUCCCGCCUUUAAAUACCUGUCCCCACCAAGGGGCAAGGGCCCACCUGAAGGGGCAGGGCGGCCAGUGCCGGAGGAGGCACGUUGCAGGGCCGGGAGACAGCUGCUUCCCACCUCGCCUGGGUUCUGGUGAAGGGGACCCACCUUUCCUUACCUUGCUUUGAGGAGAUGGUUAAGGUUAGGUUAAGGGAAAACCAGACUAGCUCUUUCCCGUUCCAUUUGUCUUUGCCCUGGGAGGUUGGAGGCAUCUGGUCCACCCCCCUCCUGGCAAGUCCCAACGUCUGGAGAAGUGUCCACCUGUCCAAGAAGCAGCCAGUGCCAACACCGUUCACCCUGCAUGGGGUAUCUGCAACCUGGGCCGGAUACGGCUUUCGUAGCCGCCCUGAACACAGCCUGAGAAAAGGGCCGGAAACAGAUCUGAGUCCUUUUGUGGAUUGUCCAGCUGAGGGACCGCCUGCCCUGCGCACACCCAGCAGCCACGCCUGGGCAUGCCCACGCCUGGCUCGCGCACAGAGCAAGGUGGCACUUUCAGAGGGAACACUAUGGAUUAUGACAUUGCCUUAGCGUGAGUUCACACCCUGGCCCGCUUGAGAUGAGAUGUGAAGUGUGGGUACGAUCGACGCUCAGGGCAGGGGGAGGGGAGCCACCCAGGUUGGACCCCGUUUGGGUGAUUCCUGCAGGCAGAAUUGAGAAGGGGUCUGACCCAAAGGAGAGGGCACCUUCCCCAGAAGCAGUAUGGGCAGCGGCUCUUUAAGGCUCCUGGAGCCCCUUGCAGGACCAGAUCCAAGCCACAGAGAGUCACAAACAGCCCACAGGACGGAAGCAGUGGAACACUUUGCCUCAGUCUUUGCAAGGCUGCUUCACUAACACAGAAGAGGUGGGGCUCCCCAGGCUCUCGGUCAGCAGGGCCGGUGCCAGAGAGUCACUUCUCAGUGGGAGGGCACUGGAGGCUGGCACAGGGCCUGCUCCCCCUUGGUGACACCUUGUGUUCACCACUCCUGCAGCCCCUGCCGAACACACACAGCUCUGCUAGGAAGAAAUCACCUGGCGGAGCUUUGCAUGGUGGCUUAGGAGAAGCAUGUAGGGAGGUCCCUGAUUUAAAAAAAAAAAAA